AUGUGUACUUCCUUAUCCACAAUGAUUCUCCUCUGUUGCGCUCCCCAUCAACCUAAUGCUACACUCGACCAAAAUACCCUUCGUUUCUCAUCAAACACAAAACACCUUGAAGGCAGAGCACGUUGCAGUGCAUUCCUUCGUGGACCCUCCCCGCACUCAAUAACUUCUCCGAACCUCAACUCCUAUGAGUUUACUUUCUCUCUACCAAGCAAAGCAAGGCAAAACCAAACCUAUCUUUCUUCUCUUCUCUAUCAACAAUGGCAACCACACUCACGUUUUUUAGACCAACCAUCAUCCGGGCCUCCUCGUGCUCGCCCGGAAAGCCCGAUCCCAACUCCAGGAAGCCCGUUUCUUCCAAUUGGUGGGCACCGCUGUUCGGUUGGCCAGCGGAGGCAGAUUACAUCAGCCCAAAACCGAGUGGGAAACCGGAUCCGGAGAGGGAAUUGGGCCGGCCCAGAUCCAUGUUCGCUGCAGGGUGCUUCACAGAGGAAAAGGCGAAACAGCUGCGGAAGAAAACCAUGGAAACGUCGACGUUUCACGACAUCAUGUACCACUCCGCCAUCGCCUCCAGACUCGCCUCUGAUGUUUGGAAAGGGUACGAAAAAUAGAAACUUUCCAAGUUUCCACCUUUCAAUUCGUCGACUUUAA